UCGAGUUCGAGAAAGGGUUUAAGCUCGAUUAUCAACUCAAUUAAACUUGCCGGAAGACUGGUGUUGAAAUUCAGCUUUCCGGACACGAAUUACAUUCCAAAUUACAAUCGAUACAAAUCUACCGCAGUAUCUAAAAAGAAGUGAUCGUUAAAUGAGACGGUACUAAAAGAAUCCGGUAAUCAACACAACAGUCCCUUGAGUAGUAGCAGUAGAAGCAAAGCUGCGACGCCAUGUCCACUGACUUCCAAUCCAUCCCUCUUAUCGAUAUUAGUCCUCUUGUGGAGAAAUGGGACGAUUCGAACAUGACACAAGAUGAUGGAGUGAUGGAAGUUGUUCGACAACUCGAUAAAGCUUGCAGAGAAGCUGGAUUCUUCUAUGUGGUGAUUUUUCUAACAGGCCAUGGUAUUUCCAUCUCUUUAGUCAAAGAGGUUAGAAAAUUGGCCCACAAAUUUUUCAGUCUACCAUACGAGCAAAAGUUGAAUAUUAAAAUGACCGCAGCAACUGGAUACAGAGGAUAUCAGCGAGUUGGUGAAAAUGUGACCAAAGGCAUUCCAGAUAUGCAUGAAGCUAUUGAUUGUUACAGAGAAUUGGAACAAGGGAUGUAUGCAGCUCUAGGGGAUCCACUGGCAGGUGGUAACCAAUGUUCUGAUUUGAGGGAAUUAUCUUCCGAUUUUGUCUUUCUCCAGGUAAGAGCAAUGGAGUUUGCAGGCGUCAUUGUAGAGAAGUGGGUUAAAGUAUUGACCAAUGCUGAUCUGGACUCAGAUGAGAUGCGAUUGCCGCCUAAGUUUGUUAAGAAAUAUGUUAAUCGGCUUAAAACAAAUUCCCUGUUGAAAUUUCGUAAUGGUUACGAAAUAGCCACUGUCUUCAACCAUGAAACCGGAACAUUCAGUGGACUGUCUACUAUGUAUGAGGACUUUCUCUUUGAAGUGGGUCAGAUGCUAGUGUUUGAGUUUGAUGGUUCUUGUGAUUUCAAUGUUUAUGUCAUCGACACUGAUCUUACAGAGGUUGAGUACCCUCCAGUUCUUCAUCAUACACAGAGUGGGCAUCCUCGUGUUGUUUCUGUGAAAAGAGGUGGCUUGAAAUUUGUUUAUUUUGUCAAAGAGGAGUCGCCCCUUUAUGAUGAAUUAGAGCCUCCGGCAUCGUUUAAAAGAUCAUUUCGUUUUUUGCCUGGUUAUCAGAACUAUAUUUUUAGUAAUGGGAAGAAGAUUGACGGGGUUUAUAAUAAUGAAAGUGGUAAAUUUAAAGGCCUGAGCAAAUUUUGCUCCAUUUUAGGCCUUGAGAAUUUUAGCCAGUUUAACUUGGUGCUGUUCACUUAUGAGGAACAUGGGAUGAGUUCUGUAGCUUUUUUUGAUGAUCACUUUGUUGAAGUACUAUUCCCUGGAACGCCAUUGUCUAUUGGUCAAAACUCAGAGAAUCCCACAGCUACUGGACGUAUUGAGAUUGUCGUGAAGCCUUGUCACAUGUACCAAUACAGCUACGGAGUGGAUGUGUCAACAGUGCAUAACUCGAUUACCGCUUUCUGGAAGAAGACAGACUACAUCAACCUCCACUCAGGAGAAAGGUCAUGGAAGGUGCAGGUCAAGUGUCGAGGUGUCAAAAACCGGCGUUCAACAAUCAACAAUGGAUGGAUCCAGCUUCGGGAGGAUUUGGGAUUGGUCGAAGGUGAUAUUGUGGUCUUAGAGUGUGCCCACUUUUGUGGUAAUCAUUUUGCUCUUCAUGUUGUCAAGAAUGAUGGUGCAUAGAGUUGGUUUAUUUGUUAUUAUGCACUGACGAUAUUUCCAAUGGGUCAUCCUCUUCUCACGUACUUAUAUUUACCAAACUGGUAGACUUUGCUGGAUUAUUAACGUUGGCCCCUUUUGUGUGCAACUGAAUAUACUCUAUUAGGGAGUAGUAAAAUUAAGGCUGGUCAUUACUUUUGGUUCAA